AUGGUGAUCGCUGCAAGUUCGAACAUCCUGGGAAACCCACUACUGGCCCAUCGGGGAAUCGAUUCGGUGCUUUAUCCGGAGGGUUUGGAGCCUAAUGGCAAGUUUACGACAGGUCAGAACCAGCCUCAACAUCCAGCCGAUGCAGCAGUGAAGGCAAGUGAAAUCAAGUCAGACUUGACUGCUGGCCAGGGUCUUCCGGAAUGGAUCUUUUCCGCAUACGCGCCGCACAAAGAUGUUGCGCGCCAGCUGUUCGGUGGAGCUCACCGCGAGCGCAGCAUGGAAGAGAUGCGCCUGCGCCAUUAUGAAUUAGCAGCAGCCGGCAACCUGAACCAAGCAGUCCAAGAAGCCUCGGCCCUGUGGCAAGAGUGCGUCCAGCAGAUGGAGAUCUCACUGAAUGACCUAAAUGGUGCCGUCAAAUAUGUCGUUGAUGGCAGGAAUGAACAUCCUAAUCGACAGGAUAUCAUCGAGGGCAAGACCGAGACUAGUAUGGACCAAGCUCCAGCACCAUUUGGUCAACCCUCUCCAUUUGGCCAGCAAAAUGUUGCCCCUGCACCCAACGCCGGUCCUGCACCCGGGGCGUUCGGCGUUCCUUCCUCGACCUUUGGUCAGGCUUCAGGACUCGGUCAGUCAGGCGGAUUCGGUAGGGCUUCAGCACCAGCGCAGCCGUCCGGCAUGGGCCAGUCUACGGCAUUCGGGCAGACUUCUGCCCUGGGUGGCUCCGCCUUCGGCCAAACUUCCACCCUAGGAGGACAGUCUGCCUUUAACAAAACACCUUUCGGCCAGCCAGCUAUUUCCCAGCCAGGAGUUAACCCAAGCCCAUUCGGUCAGCCGUCAGUCCCAGGAGGUGCUGCCCCAUUCGGUGCUCCAUCUGCCGCUUCUCCCUUUACCCAACUAGCCCAGAACCAGCCUGCUGCUGGCGGGUUUGGUCAGAGCGCUGGACAACCUGCUCCAUCGCCUUUCGGCCAAACCGCUGCACAACCUGGCCCGUCACCAUUUGGCCAGCCAGCUGUCAAUCCAAGCCCAUUCGGCCAGCCCUCAGCCCCAGUAGGUGCUGCACCGUUCGGUCAACCCUCAGCCCCGGUUGGCGCCUCACCAUUCGGUCAGCCUUCAGCUCCCGCAGGCGCCGCUCCAUUCGGUGCUCCGUCUACCGCUUCUCCCUUCACCCAAGUGUCUCAGAACCAGCCUGCCGCCGGUGGGUUUGGCCAACCUGCUGCGCAACCUGCUGCGCAACCUACUCCUUCUCCCUUCGGCCAGCCUGCAGUCCAAGGCGUGCCGGUACAGAAUACCAACGCCGGCCCACGUGCAUACAUCAAAAUCGACAAUCCUCAAGACCUCAACCCGCUUCCACAACUGGAGGGUGAAACUCGACAUAACCCAUCCACCAAACAGCUAGUGAUGUGGAAGGGUCGCCCCGUCAAGUACAUCAACGAGCACCCGUGCUACCUUCACCCACAAGACAACAAAACCUUUGUCCGAGUCAACUUUCCUAACGGGCCACCUGACCCCGCUAGUCUGAAAGAUGCACAUGGCAAGCCCGAGGAGUACACACCAGAAAUCGUUGAGGCAUAUCAGUUUUUCCUUCAAAAUGGCUACUUCAAGGACGGCAACAUUCCUGCAGCACCUCCCAAGCAGGAGUGGCUCAGUUUCGACUUUUAA